AAUGGCUCAAGAGGAGGUGCGGAUCUCUCUGGAACCAGCAGAUGAGAAAGUUGUGUCAGCUCCAACGUUUGUUGUGACCGAGCGUAGAGAGUGGAAAGAGACUAGGGACUGUUUCAUUUGUGGGGAGACUGGUCACCUGAAGUGGUACUACCGAAUUCGUGGUAGAGGCAGGGGAUAUAACAGAGGGGGAAGUAGCAGGAUGUCAGGAGGUAGAGGUGGAUACUCAAGACGUCAAACUGCUAGAGGUAGAGGAGGACACACCGGAAACUACGGUGGUCAGAGUGCACACAUGGCGACUGAAGUGGAUAAUGUGACGUCAAAGGAUGCAGAAGUGGAUGGUGCUGCCUAUGGAAACUUUGCUAACUUGGUCUCCAUGGAUGAAGGAGCGGGAGACGAGGCAGAUGGUUGGGACUGGCACCAGGCGUAAGGGGCUCUGGUAUGUGGAAAAAGGGGUGCAUCCAGAGUUCGUGUAUGCUGCAACCAUG